UCUACAUACAUACACGCGUGGUGGCCAGCAGAGGGCAGUGCUAGUAAACAUCCAGUGUUGUAAGGCCUGCUUCAGGCAUGGAUUCUGCUGUGUAUCGUUUGCGAGUCUAUGGGAUCUGUACGAGUGUCAGUGGGGCUUUGCCUCGUUAUUCGCGAACUUGAUAUCCGCGAUGUUUGGCCAUUCCGCCAGCCACAUCUGUAACUCUGCACGACUUCUGCGCCGAGAGAGGGAGACAUUGAAGUUUCACGAAGGAGCUUCUGGCGCUCAAAGUGCGGCGUGGCAGGCGCGGGUUCCCCGGGGCGACGUUGCCAUGGCGAGGCCGUGUCCGUUCUCGGAGGACAACUUCACGCGGCUGGCAUCGCAGAGUAACGUCUACGGGCUGGCCGCGUUCCGCACGCCGGCCGCGGGCCCAGAGGCCCUAGUGGCGGCCCUCAAGGGCAAGCUGCUGUCCCUGCGGUAUGAGAGGGUCGGCACGCCGGGCCGCCUGCGUGCCGUGGCCAGGGAGGUGCACUUCACCUACAUACCCGUGGACGCUGAGAUCGUGUCGAUCGACGCGUUCUGCAAACCCGCGCCCAGAAGUGGCCUCGUCAUCGGAAUCACCUUCAUCAAGGACUCGGGAGACAAGGCGAGUCCCUUCCUAAACAUCUACUGUGACUACGAGCCGGGCUCCGAGUACAAUCUUGACUCCAUUGCCCAGAGCUGCCUAAACCUGGAGCUGCAGUUCAUCCCUUUCCAGCUGUGCCACACCGAGGUUCAGGAUGGGCCCACGAGCGAGACCGUGUUCCUGCUGAGUGGACAUGACAUGUGUGUCCACGUCUACAAAGAGAGCGGUACCCAGCAUCAGUUUGAGGAGGUUGCCGUGGAGACGUUCUUCCCGGAGCUCACUCAGCUCAGCGGCAACGUGCAGUGGCUGCAGGUGCUGGCGCUGCCGUGUGGGAAGCGGAGGCUCACGGCCGUCGGGAGUCAGAACGGAGCCGUGUCCCUCGCUCUCGUCCAGCUGAGCUCUCGGACCGUGCUGCAGCGGUGGAGCGUGCAACAGGACGGACCCGUGAGCCACGUGCAGAUCUUUCCCACGGAUCCGCACGGCGAGGCCGCUGACGAGCUGCCUUCCUUCCACCUGCUGGUAGCGAGCGCCAUCGAGACGAGCGUCGUGUACAGGGACGUGCUGGUGCGGGGACUGAGCGACCAGGCGGUGCUGCCGGGCAGUGACCGCUACGACAGCGUGCUGUGCGCGCUCGUUUGUGACGUCGACUGCGACGGCCAGGACGAGAUCCUGCUGGGCACCUACGGGCAGGAGCUUCUCUGCUUCAAGGAGAGCGGCGGCGGCGGCGGCAAGGCUGGCGUCAGCGGGGCGGGCGGGCGCGAGUGGAACCUAGCCUGGCGCCGCUGGUUCCCGGGGCCCCUGCUGGCGCUGGCCCUGGUGGACGUGACGCGCGACGGGCUGCGUGAUCUCCUCGCCGUCACCAUCAAGGGUCUGCACGUCUUGCAGUUUGACCUGGAGAAGGCCGCCGACAUCCUGCUGAGCCGCCUGCAGGCGUUGGGGUCGGCGGAGGAGGCCGCGAAGAUCGGAGGUCGUGGGCCACGCGACGAAGGGGGCUGCGGAGACGCGGCCGCCGAGACGUCGCCAUGAGGAGCACACGUCGCUGGUGACCAUCGACUUGCGCCGCACUCGAGAACGACGGCUUAACCAAGGGUGCCCGAAACGCGGACGUUGACCCCCAGGAUCUCGGCGGUCGCCGGCCUUCGUUGGCAGCGUCGCCGGCACGGCAUGUCGUGAACCGGGCGUGAGACGCAACCGCCAGCCGGCCACCGCAGCCGGGGGCUCGCGCGUGGGCCGGACCAGCUCUUGCAACUUCCUUUGUCUUUGGGCGCGAUUCAUUCCUAGACUGCGGUCAGAACUCUUCUUGACGACCCAAGCGGGAGGACGACUUCUUCGCAAGUCGCCCCCAUGGUGCCGGUCGUGGUAAUCGCCAGCGAAUCGUCAUGCUGGAAUUGUAAACGUCGUCCGUUUUACUCCACAACGCACAACCGGUGUGCCGCAGUAAACUAAUUGGCACGUUUUGUUUCCGUGACAAGCCUCGGUAAUGGGCUUUGUCGGGUGGGUGGCGGGUUUAACGGCACAUUAAUAUUUACGCGAUCUAACCCGAAAAAAAACCUUGAAACGUAAAACUCUUCUCUGCUAGAUCCUAAAAUCCACCCCCACCCGUGAACGGGACUCCAAAAGUAACAAGCACAGAGCCUUCUUGUGUCUAUCCACUGCUGGAUGAGGCCCUCCCCCCAUGUCUAAAGCAACCCUGUUGCACAUGCUGGGAGCCCCAUCAUCCUCUAUCCAGACUCGUCCCCACUUCGCUUCCGGGAUCUUGACGGCGACGGAAUUCGUGGGUGACGAAUUCGGGGGCGAUUUAAGGCUUAGGGGGCCUCCUAAUAUCUGGGGACAAACACCGAUAAAUUGGAUACUUUCUGCGCAUCUUGGGAGACCACCUAGCCCAAGGUGUCUCGUGGCCUAGAAAUAAAUGCGCACAAUCGGUGGAUGAA